CAGAGCGGCUGGCGGCAGUGGCGGCUGUCCGGGCUGGGUUGUCAGUCAGAGAGAGGAGGGAAGAUGGCUCGCCCGGACUCGUGCUGCUAGAAGGAGAGGGGCAGGUGGCUCAGCUGCCGGCGGAGCGCCGUCGCCGGGUCGCCGUAGUCGCAGUGGUCGCCGUGGUCGUGAGGGGAGGCCGCGGUGGGUUCCGGAGCUGCUCUGGUUGAAGGUUUGGAACAAAUGUGGAAAAAUGUUCACCUCAGAGAUAGGGGUUGUAGAAGAAUGGCUGUCAGAAUUUAAGACACUCCCAGAAACAUCUUUGCCAAAUUAUGCCACAAAUUUGAAAGACAAGAGUUCUUUAGUUUCAUCUCUCUAUAAAGUUAUCCAGGAGCCACAGAGUGAGUUACUAGAGCCUGUGUGUCACCAGCUCUUUGAGUUCUACCGCAGUGGGGAGGAACAGCUGCUGCGGUUCACUCUGCAGUUUCUCCCCGAGCUGAUCUGGUGCUACCUUGCCGUGUCAGCCAGCAGAAAUGUGCACAGCAGCGGCUGCAUUGAGGCCCUUCUUCUGGGGGUUUACAACCUGGAAAUAGUUGACAAACAUGGACAUAGUAAAGUACUGAGUUUUACAAUUCCGUCUUUAUCCAAACCAUCUGUAUACCAUGAACCUUCCAGCAUUGGGUCUAUGGCACUGACCGAGAGUGCACUCUCCCAGCAUGGCUUAUCAAAAGUCGUGUACAGUGGCCCCCAUCCUCAACGGGAGAUGCUGACAGCACAGAACAGGUUUGAAGUGCUGACAUUCCUUCUGCUGUGUUACAACGCUGCCUUAACCUACAUGCCCAGUGUUUCUCUCCAGUCACUGUGUCAGAUCUGUUCAAGAAUCUGUGUGUGUGGAUAUCCCCGACAACACGUAAGAAAGUACGGAGGUGCAAGCAGCAGGAUACCGAUCUCAUCUGGCUUCAUGGUACAGAUGCUAACAGGCGUGUAUUUUGCCAUAUACAAUGGAGAAUGGGAUCUAGCUCAGAAAGCACUGGAUGACAUUAUAUACAGAGCCCAGCUAGAACUAUACCCAGAGCCACUGCUGGUUGCUAAUGCAAUAAAGGCUUCAUUGCCUCCGGGUGCCAUGAAAUCUAGUAAGGAAGGUACACGGUGUAUUCAAGUGGAGAUCACACCAACGUCCUCCAGAAUAUCAAGGAAUGCAGUUACCAGCAUGUCAAUAAGAGGUCACAGGUGGAAAAGACAUGGAGAUACAGAGUUAACAGGUCAAGAAGAACUGACGGAGAUAACUGAAGUUGACGAGGGAUUUUAUUCCAGGGCUGCGUCUAGCACCAGCCAGUCGGGUCUAUCAAUCAGUAGUCACAAUUGUAGUCACAAGACAAGUGUAGGAAAGAACCAGAGACGGUCGGGAGGAAGCAAAGCUGGAGCAAAGGAGAGAGAAACUGCAGGGGAAUCUUGCAGAGAUCACUUUGCUCGCAAACAAACCCAGAGAGCCCAGAGCGAGAACCUUGAGCUUCUCUCUCUGAAGAGACUGACCUUGACCUCCAGCCAGUCCCUGCCCAAGCCCAGCAGCCACGGCUUGGCUCAGACUGCGGCCACUGUAUUUAGUAAAUCCUUUGAACAAGUGAGUGGGGUCCCAGGCCCACGUAGCCCUUCUCCUGCCAUUGGCUGUGUUGCUGGGGCAGAUGCCCAUAGAUUUUCUGCUUGUAGUCUCCAAGAAGAGAAGCUUAUUUACGGGUCAGAAAGGAUUGACCUUCCACUGAAGUGUCAAGCAGGCCAGCGGGGGCCUCCUAGUGUUAGCAUCACUCUGUCUGCAGAUUAA